AUGACCACCCCCGUAAUGGCCAUGUAUAUUUGCUGGUGGACGGUUGAAGCCGUCGAUGUUGAUGUUCUCGGUACUUCGGACGUUGUAAAUUUUCCUGGUUUUAUCGAGAAUGCCCGUGAUUGGCUGGAUGGCACAAAUCCUGUUGUGACUCUGGUCACCAUGUUCAGGAACGCUCUCCGACAGUCCAGCCGGACAGUGGGCGCAAUCUCUGCGUCGGGUAGAGUCGCAGCGGGACGAACUGCCGCUCCAGCAGCAUUCAACGCAGCAGCGACACAAGUCCGGAGCUACGCAUCUGAUACAAAGGCCUCCCCGACCGAAGUCUCCUCAAUCCUCGAGCAAAGAAUCCGAGGUGUCAAAGAUGAGGCAGGCCUCGCCGAGACGGGACGUGUCCUGUCUGUUGGUGACGGUAUCGCCCGUGUCCACGGUAUGAGCAAUGUCCAGGCUGAGGAGCUUGUUGAGUUCGCCUCAGGUGUCAAGGGCAUGUGCAUGAACUUGGAAGCCGGCCAAGUCGGUGUUGUGCUUUUCGGUUCCGAUCGUUUGGUCAAGGAGGGUGAGACCGUCAAGCGUACCGGAGAGAUUGUCGACGUUCCCGUCGGAAUGGAGUUGCUCGGCCGUGUCGUUGAUGCUCUCGGAAACCCAAUUGAUGGUAAGGGACCAAUCAAGACCACCGAGAAGCGCCGUGCGCAAUUAAAGGCUCCCGGUAUCUUGCCCCGGCAGUCCGUCAAGGAGCCAGUCCAGACUGGUAUGAAGUCCGUUGACGCAAUGGUACCGAUCGGACGUGGCCAGCGUGAACUUAUUAUUGGUGAUCGUCAAACUGGAAAGACUGCCGUUGCUCUUGACGCCAUGUUGAACCAGAAGCGAUGGAACAACGGAACCGAUGAGAGCAAGAAGCUCUACUGCGUUUACGUUGCCGUUGGACAAAAGAGAUCAACUGUUGCCCAGCUUGUCAAGACCCUUGAGGAGAACGACGCCAUGAAGUACUCCAUCAUCGUUGCCGCUACCGCCUCCGAAGCCGCUCCUCUACAAUAUAUCGCUCCCUUCACUGGAACCUCGAUGGGUGAGUGGUUCCGUGACAAUGGCAAGCACGCAGUCAUCGUCUUCGAUGAUCUUUCCAAGCAAGCUGUUGCAUAUCGUCAAAUGUCUCUUCUUCUCCGUCGUCCUCCAGGACGUGAGGCUUACCCCGGUGACGUUUUCUACCUCCACUCUCGUCUCCUAGAACGUGCCGCCAAGAUGAGCGACAAGCACGGUGGCGGUUCUUUGACUGCUCUCCCCAUCAUCGAGACCCAGGGUGGAGAUGUGUCCGCAUAUAUCCCAACCAACGUCAUUUCGAUUACCGAUGGUCAAAUUUUCUUGGAGGCCGAACUCUUCUACAAGGGUAUCCGACCCGCCAUUAACGUCGGUCUUUCCGUGUCUCGUGUCGGUUCCGCUGCCCAGCUCAAGGCCAUGAAGCAAGUUGCCGGUUCGCUCAAGCUCUUCUUGGCCCAAUAUCGUGAAGUCGCUGCUUUCGCCCAAUUCGGUUCCGAUUUGGAUGCCUCUACCAAGCAAACCCUCAACCGUGGUGAACGAUUAACUGAGCUCCUCAAGCAAAAGCAAUACUCACCCAUGGCCGUCAACGAAAUGGUUCCCCUCAUCUACGCCGGUGUCAACGGACACCUGGAUAACGUCCCUGUCGACAAGAUCCUUCAAUGGGAGGCUGACUUCAUCGCACACAUGAAGAGCUCCGAGAGCGAGAUCCUAGCUCAGAUUGAUAAAGAGGGUGCGCUGAGCAAGGAACUUGAGGCGAAAUUGAAGGAUGUUGUUGUCACUUUCACCAAGAGCUUCGUAUAA